GAGAGGCAAAACCUCUUUGAUGGUGCAGGCAGAGGUGGGGAGAAAGUGAAUGCAGUCCAGUCAUCUCCUCGGAUGCAAAGAUCUCUAAAGAGGUUUCAAGGAUUGGACAAACAUGUCAGGAAGAAUUCAAUGUGCGCUUCAGAGACUCUUCCUUUGGACAGCAUUUCUAUUAAUGGAAGGUCCAAAAUCUCGCUCGGAGGAACUGGGGCCACAGAUCAUUGACCACCCGUCUGACCUCGUGGUUCGCUCGGACAAGCCUGCCACCCUGAAAUGCCGUGCUUCCGGGAACCCAGAGCCCACGAUCGAGUGGUACCGCAACGGGGAAUAUGUGGAAACCAGUAAAGGGGAUGCUACUUCACAACCCACCCUUCUGCUGGAUGGGUCCCUUUUCUUCCUCCGCCUCAACCAGAAAAAGGGGAAAUCAGAUGAAGGCGUGUAUAGCUGUGUAGCCAGAAACCAUUUGGGCACAGCCACUAGCAAGAAUGCUUCACUCUACAUAGAAGCAAUCCAGGAUGAGUUUCGGCGCCAUCCGAGCGACUUGGUGGUGACAACCGGAGAACGUCUGGCAUUGGAAUGCAUACCCCCCAGAGGCCAUCCUGAGCCUACCAUCUCAUGGAAGAAGAACGGAGUGCCAUUAAAUGAGAGAAAUGGUCAUUAUGAGGUCUCCGGUGCAAAGCUGCUGGUAGCCCAUGCUCAGAAGGGUGAUUCAGGAGCGUACAUCUGUGUGGCCUCUAAUCAGGCAGGAGAGAGGGCGAGCCGGGCUGCCCAAGUCUCUGUCCUGGAAAAGCCGACAUUCACUCGGAAACCUAGCGAUGUUCUAGCCAUGCUUGGCAGCGCUGUCCAGUUCAUGUGUGGCGUCCACGGAGACCUGGUGCCUGUGGUCCAGUGGGAGAAGGAAAACGGAGAGCUGCCCGUAGGAAGGUACGAAAUAAACCACGAAAACACCCUCCAGAUUCGCCAUCUGACAAUAUAUGAUGCUGGGAUAUACAUCUGUACUGCGAACACCCAGGUGGGAAGCAUCACUGCUAAGGCAUCCCUAACAGUGCAGGACCCACUGGACACUGGCCAGAGGGAUCAGGACAGGCCAGAAGAUGUUCCGAAGGAGGUGAUGGAUGUCAAAGUUGUUCUGGUGAAUGUCACUGCUGUCCCCUCCACCCCAGCAGCCCACCUGCACUGGAAGGUUACUCCCAGCUCCCAGCACAUAGAGGGUUAUGUGGUGUUCUACCACUCUCUGCUGCCUGUGAACACAAACUGGGCUGAAUGGAAUGUCCUAGGAGACCACCACACGAUCAUUCCAGGGCUCGAGAGAGGUUAUACAUAUGAGUUCAAGGUACGGCCAUAUCUGAGGAAGGUCCAUGGCCUGGACAGUGAGAUCAGACGCCUGUGGAUCCCAGAAGAAGUGCCUAGUGCGGCCCCUCAAAGCAUCAGCAUUACCACGUUCCAGGAUGGGAAUGGCACCGUGAUCAUCCACUGGGAGCCCCCUCCACAUGACUCACACAAUGGGAUCAUUAAGGCCUACCAGGUCUGGUUUCUGGGCAACGAAACACACCGUGGAUCUAACAGGACAGUCGAUGGUGCAACACACAGUCUAGAAACAACUGGCCUGGCUAAUGGGCUAAAAUACUGUGUUCGGGUAGCGGCGGUCAAUGGAGCAGGAACCGGAGUGGCAAGCAGUCCUGUCUGCAGUGAUGUAGAGCCGACAGUUGAGAAAAUGGCGAAGACCCCAGACUUUCUGUCCACCGCCGCCAUUCUGGAAGUGGUGCGCCAGCCCGUCUUCAUUGCCAGCAUGGGCUCGGCACUUUGGAUCCUGCUGAUGGUGCUGGCUGUUUAUGUUUGCCAGCAACAGGCCAAGCAGUACAGUGGGGGGCGGCAGUACGCCCUGGGCGAAGGUUUGUACAGGAAUGCCAGUGAUGACACCAUCAUCAAGCACAGGAUAGACUCCAGUGAUUCUCCAUGGCUUUCCAACACAUGGAAAUCUACUUCUGGUUCCAAGACUUACAGCACCAGCAGCAGCUUAAGCAGCCAACUUCAGUGGCCUGAGCCCAAAGACAACCAGGAAACCCACAAAUCCCCAGUGCCUUUUGACAGGCAGGGCCAAGGAUCCCGCGUCCAGACUGUUCCUUUGGUGCCUGACAGCAGGAGCAGCAGCCUGUAUGGGGCUCUGUAUGUGGAUCUUCCAGCAAAGGACCUGAAAGCCUUCCAUGGUGCCCCUCUGCCCAGCCCCAGCCAGCACAUGGUGGCGCUGGCAAGAGCUGGUGACCAGCAACUCAUGCCGCACUGCAGGCAGAAUCUCCAGCUGGAGAAGGCCAACAUCCGGGGAGGUCCUCAGCAGAGUCUGUGGAAGGCCACUGGGCCCCUAUCCCCACAUUUGAUCCUUGAGGGCUCUUGGGAGAAGAGCAGCAAGAAAGAGCUGCAACAUACACAAAGCUCGCCCAUGCCGCCAUCAAGUUUUUCACCAGACUGGAGCCAUCGGGACAACCAGGCUAGUGGUAUCAGCUCUGGAAAGCACCAGAGGAUCCAUGGAGAGACCAAAAAGGUGCUGAAAACAUACAGCUCCCCAAAGUUCUCAAAGUGGAGCACUACACAGAACGUCGCUAGCCUGCUGCCACCUCCUCCACCUGUUCCUCCGGGUUUCCAGGCUCCCCAGGAUCGCAGCAGACAGCUCGAGUGCACCUGUACAUGCUACCUGGAUCCACCUGUGAGCUUCAUGCCCCAGCAGCAACAAGAGACAGAUUCUCUGCAGGCAGCCAGCGAGUCCCUGGAAGAAAGUCAGACCUUCCCUACUCUUCCGUAUAGCCGUCUCUCCACAGCCUCGAUCUCUGUAUCUCUCGAUGAUGACCAGGAGACAGUUCUAACUCCAGAGGAGGUGGCUGAAUACCUGGAGCUCAGUGAGGAGGCAGAACAUGAAAGGCGCCUGAACAGCAUUCCUGUCCCUCCUCGGGCGUUCUCUCCACCUCAUACCUAUGGCUACAUCUGCAGCCCGCUGGCCUCCGAGCUGCUGACAGCCGAUGCCGCAGGUGAUGAUGACCCCAACCUCAUGGACAGCAGCAGCCGCUCCACCCCGUUCUUCCGUGCUUUCUGCCGGACUCCCUCCUCCAGUCUGAGUGAGGAUGAAGCCUCGCUGGGUGGCUCCCUGCUCAACGGAUGGGGCUCUGUCUCGGAGGACAACGGCACCAGCCCUCGCUGCAGCCUGGUCAGCUCCUCUGAUGGCUCUUUCCUGGCAGAUGCCAAUUUUGCCCAAGCCCUGGCUGUGGCUGUGGACAGUUUCUGCUUUGGGCUGACCCAGAGGGAGGUUGACAAGGCAUUGACAGACUUUUUGCCUUCUGCAUCUUCUCUUGAUGGACUCCAGCAUCUGCAUCCCUCCUUUGAGAGCCCAGAGGCAGGGCAGCCGAAGCCUGGGUCACAGUCCCUUCCUGUGUGGCAGUGGAGCACCGACUGGGUGGAGGAGAUGGAAGCCAAGUAUGCCCAGCAGGUGGAGAGCUGGAGCAGUGCCUCGAAGGUGGGAAAGGACAGGGCAGCAGGGCUGGGAGAGGCCCAGCAGCCCAGUGCUUCUGCCUUGCAAGGAACAUACGGGGCCACUGUGUCAAAUCCAAUCAACCAUCCUGACAGAGCGGUUGGUGCUGCCCAGGCCCUCCUAAGAGGCGCCCAGGACCCUGGGUCAGGCGCCUUUGCCAUUCCAAAAGGAGGAGAGGAGCCAGCCAUGGAGAAGUUCACCGCGCCAAAUGAAGGGAGAGAAAGAAGCCAUUGAGGCAGCAUGGCGGCGACCCGACUGCGCAGAAGGUGGUCAAAAGCAAAACGUGCUGCUCCCACCCCAGGCCGGGUCUUCCCAUCCUUCUUUGAGAGGAGCCUGUCAGGAUCACAGAGCUCUGCUACAAGCUGGGUCACAUCUCUCCUUGGCUCACAUAAUUUCACCAGUCUAGGUCUGGCGGAUUGGAUGCUUUUAUUGCAAUCUUCAUUCCCAGUGGGAAGGAUGCCUGUGGAUGUUCUUUGGGUACCGGAGGGCAGCAGUAUACAAUUUACAAUUCCUGGGCCAGCUCUGUCUGCCAGCAGCGGAAUUCCACAGAACUGCAGAAAGACUCUUUUGCUGCACUCUCCUAGCAGGACAUCUUGGAAAUGCACAGGAAAAGGGACCAGCAAGAAUCAAGUCCUACUUGUUAGUACAGAAAUAUGGAGCUUGCUGCAGCCUGACCAAAUUCAAUUUUAGGGAAGUUUUCAGGGGCUAUUUUCCCAGCAGUGGAUGGAUCUGAAGGCAGGGCCAAAAGCAAAAGCAUGGGCAAAAAAUGGGAAAAAACCAACAUAUUGGAGCAUAAAGCUCCUGCUGGCUGAACUAAGCCCUGGGAGACAGUUUUCAAUGUUUUAGAAUGGGAGAAAUACACAAAAAUCAGCCACUAGCUGGAGAAAAGGAGGCAGGGCCAGGGAAAGAGAUCAUGGCCCUCUAGGGUCCCUGAGACACCCCACCUUUGUGUUAUCAACUGUGACACAACUGGGCUGCGAUCCUCCUGUGCUCAUUUACUUGAGAGUAAGCCCCCUGAUUGCAGGGGGAAUUGCAUGUAAGUAAAUAAGCACUGGAGCGCACCUGGGAGCCAUGUGCUGACAUGUGUCUUCUUGUCUCUUCAGGCAGAGGCCUGGGUUGCUACCCCUUGAACCAGCCACUGUAGCUGCCCCUCCAACAGCAGUGUGAUCUGCAGACCUGAGCAGGUGAUCUUGCUCAUCUUGACACCAGGAAAAGCAUCCCCUGUCGCUUUCUGAGUAUUAGAACUUCCUGUAAAGAGGCAGGCGCUGACCAGCCCAGAGUUAUUUUUCUUCUUUCUAGCCAGUUGGUAAUGCUGCAGAGGACUGAUUCUCACAAUUGCCUCUGACGCAGAGAUCAGUGUUGAGAUAAUGAAGAAAAAUCUUUGGGUCCUUUUUUGUUGUUGGCUUUCCUCCCAGGAUCCAUCAGUCUAUGCCACCAUCUGGGUUGCUGACUUGCAAGGACAUUUCUAUUAAUGGAGAGGAGAAAGGCCCACUGGUUCUGAUAUCCUGUAUAACCCCCAUCUCUAGAGGUUGUGAAUCUUUAAGGCUCAAUCUGGGUUCUCCUCCUGACUAACACGCAUGCACACACGCACAGAGAGAGAGGGAGCGAGAGUUUGGGCUGGGUUCCUAUAUAAAAGGUGGUUUCUUUAAAGUGGGGGAAAGAGAACUUUUGUAAUCAUUCCUCUAAAAUCCUUGGCUGUGUCUCUAUCUCUUUGCUGUUCUACGUUCUUGCAGAAGAACCAUCCACUUGACUUGAAAACGCUUCCUUCCUUUGCCUGCCUGCUCUGUUAAAGCACCUGAGAUGGUAGCACAACUACUAACCUUUUCUUGUGCAUAUGGGCUUAUUGUGUAAAUAAAACGAAAGGGGAUCUCUUCCCUCUUGCUCCAAUGUUUCAUAAGGGCCAUCCAGCUAUGGAGGUUGUGCCUUCCUUGGAUGCAGUUUGGAAGAUAACCUUAGAGGAAAGCUGACAGAAACUGGUGAACAUCUGGUUCGGGUCAAUCCAUCCUUGGGAGAUGCGUGUGUAAAUGUUAUCUGAAUGGAAAUGAUCUGCAAAUUUGGUAAUGAGUGUACAUGAUAGCAGGUCAAACAGGAUUAUGGAGGAAAUGUGUCAGGGACAUUUAGUGAGGGAUUAACUGAACAGGUCAUCUCCAGUCAAGCUAUCCUGUUCUGUCCCUGAAAAUGUGAAGGUGUCUUCCAAAGGGCCACAUAGUAUAGCUGGCCUCAGGCUUUUGAGGGCUCUUGGGUGGGCAAGACACAUUCAAUGGACUCCUUUCCUUGGUGAGUUAACCUUCUUGCCACCUUUACCAGCAGCUGCUCUUGCUUCUCAUUGUCUUUCUCAUCAUGGCUACCACUUGCUUGCGUUUUGGUCCAAUGUGUGUGUAGGGGCCACCAUCAUCAAGGUCUUUGCCCAGCUGAGAGGUGGAUGACUAAACAGGCUGCAAGAGUGAAGGGGGUGGGCAAGUCCAUGGGAUUCUUGUCAGUGGGCCCCUGCGGGGGUGUGUGGGCCCUCAGCUGCCCAACCAUGCCAGCCCUCGAUACUGGACCUGCUAGCCAGCCCAAGUCCAGUUUAGAAACAAAGAUCCAUCAGCAGGAAGAGCUGAGACUUGAAGUCUCCCAUUAACAGUGGAUGAGGAAGGCAAAGAGGCCACGUGGUCACAGGCCUCUUCCCUGUGCUGUGAUGUAUCAUAUUUAUAUUUAAAUUCUAGUGAUUAUUUCUAAAUGCAUGUCUAUAUGUGCACAUUAGACCCUUCAAUUCCCUAAUAAAUUUGGACAUAUGAACAUA